CGUACAUCACUCUUAUGCAAUGUUUUAUCGCUCGUUUAUCUUGAGUUUAUUCAUGACAUCGACAAAGUAUAUCAAAAACCAGAAGUAUUAUCCACAAAUUAUACAUUAUCUUUCGAUUCACCUAUUUUUUUCCCGACUUUUUUACCGUUUUUUACACGUCGUGUGCUACACAUAACCUUCAAGAUCUUCAAGUGACAUUUAAGACAUAUAUUUUCAAACAUAACCUAUACCAUAUUAAAGUCAAACAAAAACCCACACAAGAUUGGAAAGCUGCAUGUAAAAAUUUACAUAGGAAAUGACAUUGAUCUUUGGAAUUUACUUUGGUGUGCUCACCUUACGACUGGGAGGGGGAUGAGUGAAAUGUGGUAAAACGAAUCUAAUCGGUGAAAACUAGAAAGUGUUUGGAAGCAAAGAUGUCAGUAAGAAUGGAGUUUCACGAUUUACUGGCCGAGAGGCGACAGGAUUGUGAUAUUUUAUGGGUUUCGCGAGCCACGAAUCCAUUACCACCUCAUAAAUUACCACCAGAGUUGAAGUACUCCAGGAGUCAGGCUAUUCGAGCCACCCUCGCUAAUCCGCGAGUCAUCAUGGUCAUCGAGAGCUUGGCUGCUGCUCGCCAGGUCGACAAGUCUGUUAUUGUUGCCGAAGCUCGAGCCAUGCUCGAGGAAAUGGCCAGCAAAGCUCAUCUUCCGACAGUUCGUUGGCUAGGAUUGUUAAUUACCAAAUUUAUGAAAAGAAUCUUGAUAAGUGUUCGCCUGAACAAGCAAUUUUUACUGACUAUAAGAAAUCAGAUGAGCACUGCUCAAGUUCAAUAUGUUUACGCUCCAUCGCACAGAAGUUACCUUGAUUUUGUGCUACUGUCAUACAUACUUUUCUCUUAUGACAUGGCUCUGCCAAAUAUUGCGAGUGGAAUGGAUUUUUACCGGAUGCAAGUUGUCGGAGAGCUUUUGCGAAAAACCGGAGCAUUUUAUAUGAGACGCAGUUUUUCUACUGAUAAACUUUAUAAAGAAAUAUUUCGAGCCUAUGUCGCUUCGAUUGUGGCUCAUAGCGAUCGGGCAAUCGAAUUUUUUAUCGAAGGGACCCGGAGCAGAAGUCAGAAAAGUCUUGCUCCUAAAUAUGGCUUGUUGUCAAUGAUAGUGGAAGUUCUAUUUCGAAGUGACGUGCCUGAUAUUCAAUUUAUACCAAUCAGUAUCAGUUACGACAGGCCCCUCGAAGAAACUUUAUUCGCUUACGAAUUGCUGGGGGUGCCUAAACCAGCUGAAAGUACCACGAAACUUUUAAAGUCACUUUCCAUUCUUCGAGAACCUCACGCCCAUGGGCAUGUUUACUUUAAUUUCGCCGAGCCUAUUUCGGCGAGAGAGUACUUAGACAUGCAUGUUCGUAAAUCCAGUGCCUUAUCACCGAAUGCAAAGCUACCCACCGACAAAGUCAAACAAUUAGCAUAUUCUAUUAUAGAAAGUCACAAGAAAAACGCAGUACUGAUGCCAUUUAAUAUCGUCGCUCUUUUGUACAAUGAAAGGAUUCAUUCGCAUCCUGGAGAAACAUACAGUUUUGACAAUUUACUCGAAGAUUACGCCUGGAUGAAAAGUAUUCUAGUCAAAUCAGUUGGAGCCUUAGUAUUCCCGAAAGAUGUGGAAAGCCCCGCGAGAACAGAAAGGGAAGAAAUUUUCGAAUCACUCCACGUGCAUAAAGAUCUGCUCGAGAUUGAUUCGUCGAGUAAUUUACGAUUGAAAGAGAGACACAGGAUUAUAAAGACAGACAAAAUAGUGAACGUGAAAGGACACGUUUUGAAUGACGAGACAAUACGGAUGUCGGUACCAGCCAUAAGCAUUGCCAUUUAUAUGAACCCGACUUUGGCAUUUUUAGCGAAACCUGCCAUUUUAGCAGUAUGUGUCAAACCAAACGGAAAUGGUGCAAUACCCAAAGAAAAAGUAUUAGAGCACUAUCGACUGCUGCGAAAAGUCUUGAGCACAGAAUUAGCAAUUCAGGCAGAAAUCAGUGAAUCGUCUUUGCAAUCGGAAUGGGAAGAAGCGCUUUCCUUUAUGCUGAAGGAAAAUUGCAUUCGGGAUUUUGGAGAUUCACUUGUGAUAGCUUCUAACACCAGACUGCAUUCCCUCUUGUGUAAUCUUAUUUUACCUUAUUUAGCGGCUGUAUACGUAACAUGCAGUAUUCUGUUAAAGUGGGACGAGUCUGUGUUGGGCGAAUGUACUGACAAAAAUAUUAUAAAAGAAUCCCAAAAAGUGACUGAGGAAAUACUCUACAAAGCAGAUACAUUUUUUAAACAUCCAUAUUCCCUGUCAAUUGAUCUUUACACAUCAACGCUCUCCAGUUUAUUGGAAAUCGGCGAUUUAAACCGACCAGAAAAAACGCCGGUCUAUCAAGCUGAUAAAGUUCGAUUAUCUACCUAUGUUUCUAUUUUAGAUGGUAUGUUGCAACAGGAAGAUGCGAGAUCGUAUUUUGAUAUCGCACCGACUUUAUUAUCAUCUACUCAAAAUGAUAUUCAAGCCAAAUUAUAAUCAUACCGGUGUUCAACACGUCUAUAUGUUAGAUAUGUAUUUAAUAAAUGAUAUUAAUAUAAUUAACAAAA